GCUUUGCGCAUGCCGGAGCAGAAGAGGGCUCAUAUUCUGCUCCGCUGUACUGGCAAACACUCAGGACGUCAGUGCGCUCAGCAGCAUGGAGGGAACCAAAGGAGAGGAGCGACAACUGGAGCAGGGCGCCUCUUUAUUCGGGACGUCCGAGCUGGGGAGCCAGAGGAGCCGCGCAGAGCGCAGAAAGAAGUGGAUUCGCCGUUGUAUAUUUAUUGGGAUUGUCCUGCUGUGCGUACUCCUUUUGGCUGUGCUGAUUGCAAUGAGAAAUGGCCCCGACAGCUCAGAAAUGACACUCUGGGAGAAAGAGGAAGCGGUGGUGCAGGAGCCUCUUUGUCCACCUGGUUUUUCCAAGCCUCCGCUCCUCCUCGUGUCCUUGGAUGGCUUCCGAGCAGCGUACCUUAAAGAUCACAAGAAUCAGAUGCCCAUCAUCAACAGGCUGCGAACGGCAGGAACAACAACAUCUCACAUCAGGCCGGUUUAUCCCACAAAGACUUUCCCCAACCACUACAGCAUUGUGACUGGUCUUUAUCCUGAGUCUCAUGGGAUAGUGGACAACAGGAUGUACGAUGUGACCCGAAAUGCCUCUUUCAGCUUGGGAUCAGAGGAGAAAUUCAACUCAAAGUGGUACCAGGGGGAACCGAUCUGGAUCACUGUCAUGAAGCAGAAACUAAAAUCAGCCACUUUUUUCUGGCCCGGAUCUGAUGUAGCUAUUAAUGGCUCCUUCCCAAAUUUCUACAAGAAGUAUGAUAAGAACAUCACGUUUGAGAAAAGACUGCAAGCGCUGUUUGAGUGGCUCAGUUUGCCAGAGGAGGAAAGACCUGACUUUUAUACUUUAUACCUGGAAGAACCGGACAGUACCGGACACAAGUAUGGCCCACAAAGUCAAGAGGUGAUUAAUGCCUUGGAGAACGUUGACAAGAUUCUGGGCAACCUCAUGGAUGGACUCCUUACAAGAAACCUUACUAAGUGUAUCAACAUAGUGAUCGUGUCUGACCACGGAAUGGAGGUCGCUUCAUGUGAAAGGGGAGCUUUUGUGUCAACUUACCAGCAAGACACAUCUAAGUUUGAUAUCGUCCGAGGCCCAGCAGCUCGAAUCCGACCAAAACGCCUCCCAGAGGAUUACUUCUCCUUCGACUAUGAGGGCCUAAUUAAGAAUUUGUCGUGCAGGGUCCCUGACCAGCCCAUGAGGCCGUACCUCAAAGAAAACCUCCCCAAAAGGAUGCACUUUGCCAACAACAAGCGCAUAGAGAGAGGUCACCUCUAUAUGAAGGAGGGCUGGCAGGCAGCACUUAACUCAACUCCGGGCAAGAAUUGCAACGGUGGUUUCCACGGCUCAGACAACGUCUUCAGCAACAUGCAGUCAAUCUUCAUUGGUUAUGGUCCUGGAUUUAAGACGAACACUGUCGUGGCCCCCUUUGAGAACAUUGAAAUAUAUAACCUCAUGUGUGACCUUCUUGGUAUCCAUCCGUCUCCAAACAACGGGACCCAUGGCAGCUUGAACCAUCUCCUGAAGCAUCCCAUCUAUCGUCCCGUCUACCCAGCGCAGCUCUCCCAUGAAACCCCCUGUGAAGGCUCCAACCCGCUCCCCACAGACAGCCUCAAAUGCCUCUGUCCAUCUCAGAACCCUAUAAUGGAGACAGAAAUGAACACAAAGCUUUUAUCAAUGAGUUCAGUCACCAAAGAUAAUUUGCGCCGCCGUCACCAUCCCUUCGGCACCCCCGCAGUCGUCCAGGCAGGCAUCAGCUUUUGUCUGCUGUACCACUCCGACUACCUGAGCGGAUACAGCAGAGACCGCCUCACGCCGCUCUGGGUGUCGUACACCCUCCCGCCUCUGUUCACAGUGCAAGACCCGAGCCACGAGGGGUGUGUUCGAGCUGACGUGCGCGUCCCGUCUUCCUCUGACCAGCUGUGUCUCCGCUACAGAAAUCAGAGCCGUCUGUCCUAUGGUCUGCUGCACCCCCCCUAUCUAAAUGCCACUGGUCCAGAGACUGACUCGCUUAUCAGCAGCAACAUGGUACCAAUGUUCCCUGCAUUUAAAAAGGUUUGGACACAUUUCCACACUUCCAUGCUUUUGAACUAUUCACAAGAGCUGAACGGGGUCAACGUCAUCAGUGGGCCAAUAUAUGAUGUAGAUUUUGAUGGAAAUGCCGAUCCAGUCAUCAGCAGCUCGAAUGAAACCGCUGUCCCGACACAUUUCUUUGUGAUCAUGACCAGCUGUGGCAACUCUCUCUGUGAGGGUCCACUCAGGGCCAUUUCCUUCAUCAUGCCCCACGCGCCUGACUACAGGGAGUUCUGCGCCGUGAGUAACAGCCCCGACUCCAACCACACCUAACGCCUGCAC